AAGUACCAUUCCUUGAGAUUCAGUAAAUAUAUGUGGUGAUAACCGCGUUUGAUCAGUGAGCACAGCAAAGUGUCUGAAAAGGACCUAAAGAGGUGGAUGCAUAAUCCUGCAGAACACAUUUUGCAGCCUGCCGAGAUUUGCUUUAUCACUCGCGAGGUGCAUGCAAUUCUCAGGCAGACAGACAGAACUCGGCACAACACCGGCUCAGCAGGUGACGUUGUAACCAUGGAAACAGUACACACCUGUCUGCGCUGGAAGGAGUGCGUGCAACAACGAAAAAUGGCUUCGGUACAGAAAGAAAUCUUUACAUGUGUGGUGUCUGGGGACUUGGAAACCAUUCGGGAGCAUUUUAAACGCGACGGUGACACGGAGGACUCGCAGGGAGAUGAUUUGUUCGGCAUGAGGGACGAGGUCGGGAGGAACGCCAUGUUGACCGCCUGCAUGUUGGGGAGGAGCGACAUGGCACGAGAACUGGUCGCACACGGAGCCCGCGUGGACGAGCAGACUGUCAGGGGGUAUUCCUCGCUGCACCUUGCUGCUUGUUGGGGCCACCUGGAGACAGUGAGGACUCUGCUUGAAUUGGGAGCUGAUAUACAGGCCAAGACCUUCAGAGGGGAGAGGCCUGUAGACCUGGCAAAGAGGUACUCUAAGACAGACUGUGCUGACUGUCUCGUCCUGGCAGACGCUAAACAGGACUUGAUAUCAUACGUCGCCUUUGCUAAAGACCUCAUCUCGGACCCAGAGAGGAAACUCUCAAAGGAGGAAAAGAACAUCUGUACGCGCGCCUGCUCCGCCAAGUCAGACUGGAUUCAGAGUGUCAAAAACUCAUCAGUCUCAGAUUUCGUAGCCCAAAAGAAAGACAUAGAGGACACUCUUCAGCCUAUUCUCAACAAGCUGUCAGCUCAGUCUGAAGGGCCUGUUAAGCCAGCAGGAAAGGUCUAAAGCAGAAGCAAAUCUGUGCAAUGUCAGCUUUCCAAUAAAUGUCUGAAAAACAUAAAA